UAUUCGUGACUCAAAUAGGAAUAUAAAAAUAAACCUUUUGUUUCAUGUUUUAAAAAUAGAAAGAUCAAACUUCACGUUUUUUUCUCAAUGCAUGACACAGAGGGAGUUAAGACCGCGCGGCGCGUCCACGAGCGCUCACCUGCAGCAGGGUGUCGCGCGCACAGUGAGGUGGAGGAAAGGGGCUGCGCGCUCCCGUCUACAGCCACGCUGCCCGGUUACAGCGCGGCGCGCGCAUUGAACCCGCACGCUCGUUUAAGGGCGGAUCGGGUCUGACCGGGAGUGUUCGGUUCAUCCAGGGCUUUGUUGCACGCAGCUGAAUCAUCUCCGCUGGGAUGGACGCGAGCGUCUGAACGCGACGAGUCUUGCGGAAUAAACGCUGAUGUAAAGGAUGCUGUCCGUGCGCCCGGUAAACGCGAGGCGGGGAGAGCGGCGUGUCCACGCGGGCUGAUGACAAUAGCGAAUAAAGAGGACGAUAGAAAAAAAGGAAAAAGAAAGAACGUUUGCGAAGUCGGUCACCGGGAAGAAGGACAAUGUCUCUCAGCAGGAGCAUCGAGCUCGAGCACUUCGACGAGCGGGACAGGGCGCGGCGCUCCAAGCGCGCGGCGGGUUCGGGCUCACGGGCGAGCAGUCUGGUCCCGAGCCCCGCGCACAGCGCCAACUGCAGCUUCUACCGCACGCGCACGCUCCAGGCGCUCAGCUCCGAGAAGCGAGCCAAGAAGGUUCGGUUCUACCGGAACGGAGACCGCUACUUCAAGGGUCUGGUGUACGCGGUGUCCGUCGACCGCUUCAGGUCCCUGGACGCGCUGCUGGCCGAGCUGACGCGCGCGCUCGCCGACAACCUGCACCUGCCGCAAGGUGUGCGCAACAUCUACAGCGCGGACGGCGCGAGGAGGAUCGCGAGCCUCGAGGAGAUCGUGGAAGGUGAGAGUUACGUCUGCGCCUCCAACGAACCCUACAGGAAGGUGGAGUACACCAAGAACGUCAACCCCAACUGGGGCUCGCGGCUGGCGGGGGCGGGGCCUGUCCCGGGGGCGGGGCCGGUGGGCGGAGCCGGGCGUCAUGGGCCUCAAUCGAGGGAGCCCAAAGACUUCAUCAAACCCAAACUGGUGACGGUGAUCCGGAGCGGCGUGAAGCCCAGGAAGGCCGUGAGGAUCCUGCUGAAUAAGAAAACAGCGCAUUCGUUCGAGCAGGUGCUCACAGACAUCACCGAAGCCAUCAAACUGGACUCCGGCGUCGUGAAGAGACUCUACACACUGGACGGGAAACAGUUGACGAGUCUGCAGGAUUUCUUCGGUGAUGACGAUGUUUUCAUCGCGUGCGGUCUGGAGAAGUUUCGUUACGCUCAGGACGACGCUGCUCUCGGACACGCGGGGAAGGGAGCCGCGGCUGCGUUCGUUAACGAGUGUAAGAAAUCACGACCGUCAGUCCCUCCCAAGACUAGUGCAUACAAAACCUCCGGCGUCCCGCGCUCCAAAUCACCCGUCUCCGCCAAUGAGGCUCCGAGGAGCGACUCUCCCCCGAUGAGGUCAUCGCAGUCCCCCUGCAGCCCCGGGACUCAACACAGCCGGAAGACAUCCGGUCAUGAAGCGUCUGCGUCCCCGACGCCCUCCAGAGACCUCAACGAUGAAGAAGACCUCAGUCCUGAAGUGAACGGUAAUGAAGUUCAGUCGUCUGUCAUCAGUGAGAAGUAUAAAGUGGGGAAGGUGAUCGGCGAUGGAAACUUCGCUGUGGUCAGAGAGUGUGUGGAGAGGUCUACAGGACAGGAAUACGCGCUGAAGAUCAUCGACAAGGCCAAGUGCAGCGGCAAGGAGCACCUGAUAGCCAAUGAGGUGGCGAUACUGCGAAGGGUUCAUCACCCCAGCAUCAUUAUGCUGAUAGAGGAGCUGGACACGCCCACUGAACUGUAUUUGGUGAUGGAGCUGGUGAAGGGAGGUGACCUGUUUGAUGCCAUCACUUCCUCCACCAAGUACACGGAGCGGGACGCCAGCGCCAUGCUGUUCAACCUGACCGGAGCACUGCAAUACCUGCACAGACUGAACAUCGUACACCGGGACAUCAAACCAGAGAACCUGCUGGUGUGUGAGUAUCCUGACGGCACUAAGUCUCUGAAGCUGGGUGAUUUUGGGCUGGCGACGGAGGUGGAGGGGCCGCUGUUCACCGUGUGUGGGACGCCGACGUACGUGGCCCCGGAGAUCAUCGCAGAGAGCGGGUACGGGCUGAAGGUGGACAUCUGGGCUGCGGGUGUGAUCACAUACAUCCUCCUGUGUGGUUUUCCUCCGUUCCGCAGUGAGAAGAAUCUGCAGGAGGAGCUGUUCGAUCAGAUCUUACUGGGCAGACUGGAGUUUCCCUCGCCGUACUGGGACAACAUCAGCCUCUCGGCUAAGGAUUUAAUUGGGAAGAUGCUGCAAGUGAAUGUUGCUGUUCGUUACACGGCCGACGAGGUGCUGGAACACCCCUGGGUGCAGGACGAUGCUGUGAUGGACACCAACAUGGAGUGUGAGAUGAAAGAUGGAGCUGAAUCAGAAAACACACACAACAGCCCCGCAGCAGAGGCUGAGAUGACCGCUGGCAGUAAUCUCUCCGGAGGCGAAGAGGAAGAGAAACCCUGAUCGUGAACACAAACCUCAACACCCAGACCAGACCAGACCAGACCACCUUCUCUAUCAUCUUUUUAUCCCUUCUUCAUUCCCUUUCAUUAGUGGUGUGUGUGCGAAGUCAGCCAUUGAUUUCACUUAGCUCUCAUAUUUCAGUGUUUUUCAUUCUGAAUGAAUCCAAUCCGAUUUCAGAUCCUGAAAGUUGUUUAAAUGAACGAUAAACUCCAAAUAGAUUCAUUUACAUGUAUAUUUACAUGUUCCAAUAGUUAUAAUAAGACCACCAGAGCUGACAUGAGUGGUUUCGGCCUAGAUGACACAUAAAAGGAAAAUCGGCAAAUACUUCAGAACAGAUUUUUUUUAUAGGAAAGUUAUUAUAACAUUAUAAAAACAUUAUUUCUGAAUGUUUUGAAACAAGUAUUAACUAAAAAAUUUUCAAUGUUUUCCUCGUUUCUAUGAUGUUCGGUUUGUGAAUAUCCAGAAACUUUUUUCUUGUUUCUCUUUGAUCUUUUUGAAAACAAUGUCAGUGUUACAUUUGAGUGUUCUCUGAACAUUCCAAAACUAGAAACAUUUAAAAAACCUGAGAUAAAUGUCCAACUAAUGCAUUUCUGGAGCGAAGUAGAGAUAACGUUUCUGUGCUAACGUUUUGAGAACAUUAUUAAUUUCCAGAGAACGUUGCGCAAACGUUCUAUUAACGUUCCUGUAAGAAGGUUCAUCAUCUGCUGUCUGUGAGAGCAUGUAGACCUGUGCUUCAGAUCAUGCGUUCGUUUUCUUCACUUCUGGUCUGUGUUUGUACGCAGGGCUUCGACUAAACCAGCGACCUGGACUCUUACUGCACUGUGUCCUGCCCUUGUCCCUUUUCUUUCUUUCAUACGAGUCAGUGUUGGUGUCUCAUCAGAUGCAUCAUUAGAGUCUCAUUUCAGACAUCUGCAUCUUUAUACCUGAACUGAAUGAGAACAAGACGUUUGAAUUGUGUUGCCAGAUGUGUUACAAGUGUAUGACUUUGCUUUACACCAAAACUUCAGUCUUUAGUGAAUGAGGACGAGUGUGUGUGUGUGUUUUUAUCUCCAUGAAAUGCCUCUGUUUUUAGAAGAACUGUUAAGUCAAUUUUUUUCUGAACGACCGCUUGUUGUAUUAACGGUAUUCACUUUUGUACGGUGGCUGUUCGGGACCUUACGGCUAGUCGUAAUUAGGCCGAUUCUAAUUAUGGAUUUAUUUCAUGUUUUGUUUUGUAUUGCAACAAUACAUCAUGAGUAGCUGAUGAAAACACGAGUGUGUGUUUUAUUGCAUGUGAAUGGCGUUUGAAAUGAAGUGUGAAUGCACUUUUUUGAUUUUAAUUGCAUUAAUGUGACCGUUCCUCAAAAUCAAUAUUUAUGGGAUGACACUUAAAUACAGCCGCUUUGUCAUUGAAACAACCUGGUUUUCACAACUUUCUAAAAUAUCUAAAUUAAAAAGCAUCAAUUAAA